CUUUCCCUCGUCGCUUGCGUUCUACGGUUUGAUUCCAUUCCUUCUCCUCUGCGCACGCAACUCCUCCCUGCUUUCCGAAAGCCGUCUACCUGAUGGCGCCCAAGGCCGAGAAGAAGCCUGCGGAGAAGAAGCCAGCCGCCGAGAAGCCGGCGGAGGAGAAGGAGAAGAAGGCGGAGAAGGCCCCCGCCGAGAAGAAGCCCAAGGCUGAGAAGCGGCUCCCCUCCAAGGACGGUGCCGCCGGCGACAAGAAGAAGAGGAAGAAGACCAAGAAGGGGAGCGAGACCUACAAGAUCUACAUCUUCAAGGUGCUCAAGCAGGUGCACCCGGACAUUGGCAUCUCUAGCAAGGCCAUGUCCAUCAUGAACUCCUUCAUCAAUGACAUCUUCGAGAAGCUCGCCCAGGAGGCCGCCCGUCUCGCCCGUUACAACAAGAAGCCGACCAUCACCUCCCGCGAGAUCCAGACCUCCGUCCGCCUCGUGCUCCCUGGCGAGCUCGCAAAGCACGCCGUCUCUGAAGGGACCAAGGCGGUGACCAAGUUCACCAGCUCUUGAACUGUUGCUGCCGCUUGAUGGCGAGCAGGUGGCUUCCCUGAUGCUGGGCUAAGAUAUGUGUCCUGUACAACUUUCUAAGCUGCGUUAACGAGUCAAGAAAGGGUCUUGUAGGGUUCCUAUGUUUCAGCCCACCAACUGUUUGAAUGAAUGGCGGAAAAAGGUCACAUGCGCUUCUCCGGGUUCAA